AUGGCAACAGGUUGCCACUGGUGACAGGGUACCACAGCAUCCCUGUCUGUCUGCGGGGAUGCGAGGCGCGUCGAGACGAGCAAAACAAGGCAGAGAGGGCUGAGCGCUGCCGGCACAGACAAACACAGCAACACACCGAGAGGGUUUGUCAUGAACUGAGCAGUGAGGUAGUCUCGUAGGGACGCGUUUGUUGUGUGUCUGCUCGAGGAUAAUGAAAUAAUCACCAUCAUCACAUCAGAGCUACGCACAAUGGCAGGCUGCCGCUGACCGGAGGUCCCCGAGCUCCCCUGAUACAACAGGUCUAUCCAGUGCAACCUUCUUCCUCCAGAGUCUUUGAGCGACCGACAAAGAGCUGGAGCCGAGACGAUCAAGCAUGGAUGUGCCCAGGAUGGCCGAGGGCUUCUUCAGCAGCACGCUGUCCUCGUCGGGCGGCGGCCAUCAUGUGUCCUCUUACCUGACGUUGGAGCAGAAGGCCGCCUUCGUCUUCGUGCUGCUUCUCUUCAUCUUCCUGGCCCUGCUCAUCGUGCGCUGCUUCCGCAUCCUGCUGGACCCCUACCGCAGUAUGCCCUCCUCCAACUGGACAGAUCACACCGAGAAGGACACCUUCGAUUACCGCAUCGUCUGAGGAAGCGCUGAGGGCACGGGCUGAAAAGCGGGGGCGACUGAUCCGAUGCUUACAGAAUAUAUUUCCCCUUGGAAUUUGACCAGUAAGAGCAAAUGACUGCCAAUUCCCCAGGACAAAAAAAAACAAAACCCAUGGCUUUCAGCGCGUCCUCUGAGACUUCAGACUCCAAAGGACACGAGACUUCCAUGACGGAUCAUUGAGGAUCACUGUGGAAAUGAGCAGCAUUCAGAAUCAAACAGCUUCUCCCUGCCAAUUCAAUAAAUUCUCAACUAUAACAAAACGCACCGAACUAUGCUAAGCAGAUUAUUGGACAGCCAACACGAUUGUGGCCCUGAGCCGAGGUCAUGCAACACAACCCGAUGCAGUUCAUCACCCCACCUCCUUCCAUCCAUAAGUUCUUGUUUUUUGGUUGUAUUGUGGACUACCUCGUUCUGACUCCAUCUCAUGUGCGGAUGACACAGUGUAUCCUUGCAUCUCCAAAGGGUUAAAUAUCUUUGAGAUCCAAAUCGACUGGAUAACAGUGUUUACAUCUUAUCACGUUUACGUCUGCAAACUUCUUAGUUUUUUUUUAUUGGGUAAAAGAUGUAGACAAUCAGUGUUAAAAAAAAAAAUAAUAAAAAUAAACAAAAUGAAAGAUUUGCGGACUUAGUAGUUGAACCAAAUGUCAAGGUCUUUGUUUUAAGAGUGUGUGGUUUUAAUUUGUGGACAGACCCUCGAGGUCCAAAGGACUUUGUAUGAUUCAUGUGAUUCAGGCGAUUCCAGGAGGAACUUGAUGCCUUAUGCCUUUGCGGGAGAGCGGGGUCUUUGAUUCGGUCGUGGAAAACACGAGCUAGUUAGUUAGGUAAAGCCCACGAGCAAGACGAAGAAAACAUUUGUAAAGGCGGGUUUUCAAAAAUCAUGAAGGAUGUUGAUAUCGGAGAAGAAAGCCGUCCCUCUAAAUGUUUUGGAAAGGUUUUUGAUGGACACCUGUAACUGUUAUGUGUCUGCGAUAUAAAAAAACAAAAAACAAAAAACAAAAAAUCCAAAAACAAAAAAAAUCUGUAUGGUCCUCCCCAGUCAUUUCCGGUGGCUGUGGGCCUUUGGUGUCCACGUCUUAGAUGUCAACAACCAAAUGAGGUAUUGGG